AUGCGCUUAAUUAUUAUCUCGAUUCUUUUAUCUUUGAUAUUGUUCACUAAAUGUGCUGUGGGCUACAAUCCUGUCGGAAGAACAGAUAUGGAAGCCUUAAUAAUAUCAAACAAGAUAUAUUUUUAUGGUGGAUGGAAUUUAUCUGUAUUGAAUGAUAUUUUUUAUAUUGAUCUGUCCAAUUCCUUUCAAGCUACCAAUCCGCCAUUUACAUUACAAGCUAAUCUUAAACAGAGAGGAGGAUAUAAAGCAGUUGUUAAUGGAAACAUGAUAAUCGCUUUAGGUGGUUAUGAUCAGAUAGGAAACACAAAUAAUCUCCUAAUCAUUGAUGAAACAACAUCUAAUCCGUAUGUUACCAUUUUAACGAAUAGUUCAAAUGUUACAAACGCUAAUUCAUGGCCAUCUCCAAGAAAAUGGAUGACUGCUGUAAUUGAUUCUAACAAAACGAAAAUGUAUGUUUGGGGUGGCACCUCAAGUGCAGCACUUAGUUACCUUAAUACUGAUGGAACAAUGUACAUACUUGAUCUUAAAAACUAUUUCUGGGUUGCCAAUAAGUCGCCUACACAACCUAUGGGCCGUCAAUUUCACACAGCGACACUAGUGCCUGACGGACGAAUAAUAAUGAUUGGUGGUGCAUUUAAUCCUAAUAUGUCACAAGUUGAUAUUUAUGAUACAAUCUCUGGUCUAUGGUCACAGAAAACAACAUUAAACGGUUCGACUUCUGGUCGGUGGUCUCAUACAGCAACGCUUGCAACUGAUGGCAAAAGUAUAAUAGUAUUCGGUGGCGUAUCUAAUAAUACUAAUAUGAUAGUUGGUAUUUCCAUCUUAAAUCUCACAAAUUUUACUUGGACAACCGUUUUUCCUUCUGGAAAUCCACCAGCUCAAUAUCCGAAUUCACAUGCUGCCACUCUUUAUAAUGAUUAUAUAUUUUUUACGUUUGGCAUAAUUGGUACCAACUUAAUCAACACAGUAAGCAUCCUUAACAUCUCUAAUAAUCAAUACAAAUGGGUUGAUUCAUAUAUUCCAAGCGGGCAAAGUUGCACAAUUGAAGGUGGUGAUAUAGUGGGACCAAAAAUUAGAGUAGCAAUUUAUGCCCAAUGUUUAUUAAUUGCUUUUAAGAUUUUUGUAAAAAAGCAACGUAAAAUUGCCUUAUCAGCUUUUUGUGGAUUAGUAACUUCUUCAGUAUUAAUCGUAGCAGCUAUAAUUCAGCACAUUAAUAAUGACUUACAUUAUGUCUUUCAAUUAGAAAAAUUAAUCGUAGCAAUUGAACUGCUAGCUAUGUUAGUUGGCUUGUUAAUAACAUGUUAUAGCAUAUGGCUAUGGACAACGAUUAAAUGGAAUUUAGCACAUCAAGAGUGUAGUAGCGCUGUGAGAAUGUUUUUUUUUGUUAUCCCACUAGAUCCAACUGGCUGGUGGCGAGACUUCAUGUUAGCAUUGUUUAGGUCGAUAGUAUCAUCUGAAAUAUUUUUACAAAGAAACCCAGUAUCAGGAAUUUCGGGAGGUUGGGGCUUUAAAGAACUAGUGAUUGCGAUAAUGAGUGGAGGGGACACAAUUACCACAAUAACUGCCUUAUUCGAAAGUCCUAAAUUAAGGGUACUCGAGAUAAAAUUUUUAAAAACCUUACAUGGAGAUAUAGAAAAAGAAUUUUCUGAACUUUGGAAACCUAAUCUACUGUCUUUUGAAUUUAAUAUUGAAAGUAUAAUAAAAGAUUUUAUUUUAUUAGUAUUUUUUACCAGCAAUGACCUUAUACCACCAUUAUCAGAUGUUAAAAUUAAUAAUAAUGGACUUGAUGCUGUUAUUUUAAUUUAUAAAGAGAUGUUAAAAGAAUGUGAUAAGAAAUUUAUAGAGUAUUAG